AUGGCAGCGACUCCAGAUAUUUCUUUAACAUGGUCAUCAGUCUAUAAAGUUGCCCCGAAAGACAGCAUCUCUCUACCAGGAGAUAAGAUACUGUUACCACAGUCUGCCCUGGAACAGCUAUUAGCAGCAUCUACUGUUACAGUCAAUUUAGAAAGUCGCCCAAAUAAUGUCGCAUUCGAUCCAUUCAAUCCAUAUUCAUUAGCAGCAGCCCGCGUAGAACAGUCACAAUGGAGAGACACCCAACAGCAACUGCCCCAUCCUCUCACAUUUCGACUCGUGAAUUCAAAGAAUGGGAAUGUAGUGUAUGCAGGAAUCCGAGAGUUCUCCGCAGAUGAAGGAGAGGUUGUCCUAAGUCCAUUUUUGCUUGAGGCAUUGGGAAUUACUGCGCCCGUACGAAGACCAACACCAAGUCCAAAGGCGGAGAGUGGGAGAGAAUCACCGGAUGCGCCAAUAGAUAUUACAGACAGCCCCUCGAUCGACCUUACGAACGACGAAACGAUAGACCUUACAGAUGAAAUUGAAGAACUUGCUCAAAUCACCGUACAUGCGAAACAACUACCUAAAGGUACAUAUGUGAGAUUGAGGCCGUUAGAAGCUGGAUAUAAUCCCGAGGAUUGGAAAUCAUUACUAGAAAGACAUCUGCGGGAAAAUUUUACAACUUUAACGACUGGAGAGAUAUUGACGGUUCGGGGAUCAAAGUUGGAGGAAUUCCGAUUUCUGAUUGACAAAUUUGCGCCAGAAGGAGAUGGGAUUUGUGUUGUGGAUACGGAUUUAGAGGUCGAUAUCGAAGCUUUGAAUGAGGAACAAGCUCGGGAAACCUUGAAGCAAAUCAUGGCCAAAGCACAAAAAGCUCCAGGAACGACCCAAGGAAGCUCGAUUGGUGGGGAUCUAGACAUAUGGAAAGCAUCACAGGGACAGGUUGCAGAGGGAGAUUAUGUCGACUAUACUUUGCCCUCAUGGGAUCGAUCGCAUGGCCUGGAUAUUGAGCUGUCGCUCGAAAAUGAUGGCGAUGUAGAAUUUUUCAUUAGCCCUCAAUCAGCCCAUCAAAGAGCAAAGCCGCGAGAAGAUGAGCAUGUCCUCGGAGACUUCUCGAGCAAUACAACCAAGAGAAUGGUCAUACAACCUUCAAAUGUGGAAUUAGAUGGAGCUGAUGCACUGCUAGUUUCUAUAUACUGUCGAGGAUCUGGAGCUGAGCCUUCGCACGGACCUCGUAAGUAUUCUCUCCGAGUAAAAUCGCUAGAGAAAGGGGCAAGCAAUGGAUCUUCAAGUAAUCCAAUCUCGCUCGAAGAAGACACUGAAAUGCAUGGAUCUGACGAAGAAAAAUGCAAAAAUUGUCAUCAAUGGGUACCAAAACGGACAAUGAUGCUUCAUGAGAACUUCUGUCUUCGUAAUAAUAUCUUAUGCCCUCACUGUAACAACGUGUUUCAGAAGAAAUCCCAAGAAUGGCAGGAUCAUUGGCAUUGUCCUUAUGAUUCUGCCCACGGAAGUUCACCAGAAAGCAAAACCAAACACGACUCUGUAUUUCACGAAUCUCGCCCAUGUCCUAAUUGUCCCUACGAAGCCACAAAUCUCAGAGAUCUUGCUACUCAUCGUACGUCGGUAUGUCCCGGUAAGAUUAUUCUCUGUCAAUUCUGUCACCUCGAAGUCCCGCAAGAAGGCGAUCCCUUUGACCCAUCUCCCGAAAGUCUCAUAUCUGGACUUACAGCCCAUGAGCUUGCGGACGGAGCUCGAACAACGGAAUGUCAUCUCUGCAGCAAGAUUGUUCGACUUCGCGAUAUGUCUACCCAUCUCAAGCACCAUGAUCUUGAGAAGAACAACCGAUUCAAGCCAGCGAUUUGUAGGAAUAUCAAUUGUGGUAGAACUCUCGAAGGAGUUGGCAAGAACGGGGAAGUAGGAGCUGGCUCGAGAAUGGGUCAAGGGCCCGGUAAUGAUUUGGGUCUUUGCAGUAUUUGCUUCGGUCCACUAUACGUCAGUAUGCAUGAUCCGUUAGGGAAAGCCAUGAAGCGUCGUGUGGAACGAAGAUACCUGGGUCAGAUGAUUACGGGCUGUGGUAAAAAAUGGUGUACAAAUGUAUAUUGUAAGACGGGAAAAGCGAAAGAAGCGAAGGGGGCUCAAGUAGCAUUGGCAACAAAGGAUGCACUUCCACUCGUUCAACCACUGAUGGCACAGAUGGAAGAUAAAACCGAACCUGUAUAUUUCUGUGUGGAUGAGGGAAAUCAGAAGAGGAGAAAUUUGGCGGAAAUGUUGGCCAUGGAGGCAGAAGGUUGGGAACUGGAGUGGUGUAUUGCGGCUUGUGAAGCUGAGGGUCCAAAUCUAGAUAAGGCUAGGACGUGGUUAAGUAAUUGGGCUCCGAAAAAAGCAUAG